CACAACAUGUACGGACAGAACCAAGGAAACCAGUACCCUCCUGGUUAUCCCAACCACCCUCAGCCGAUGCCAGGGGGAUACCCUCCAGGCACUGUCCCACGACCAAACUACCCUCCUCAGCCCUACGGUCCACAUGGAGGCCAACAGGGACACGGACUUGGACCUGGUUAUAAUCAGGGACAGGGACAGGGAUACAGACCUGGACCUGGUUAUGGUCAGGGCCAAGGACAGGGACACGGACCUGGACCUGGUUAUGGUCAGGGCCAAGGACAGGGAUAUGGACCUGGACCUGGUUAUGGCCAGGGCCAAGGACAGGGAUAUGGACCUGGACCUGGACCUGGUUAUGGUCCGGGCCAAGGACAGGGAUAUGGACCUGGACCUGGUUAUGGUCCGGGCCAAGGACAGGGAUAUGGACCUGGACCAGGUUGUGGAAACGGCCAAGGACAUGGACCGGGACACGGACCGGGCCAUGGGGAGUGCCAUGGACACGGCCACAAGCACAGGCGGAGGCACAGGAACGGUCACAGGCACGAGCGAUGUCACAAGAAGGGAAAGCACUCUCGGGGGUCCUCCAGCAGUUCCUGCAGCAGUGACUCGGACUAGAUGAAGAGUCCUGGAACAGGAGGAGAAACGAGACAAGGUGGCCCCUGGGAACCUUCAUCCUGCUACUAUAUAUCAUCAUCAACAUGUCACUGCCUAGAUGUUUAUUCACAUGUACUCCUUAACAAAUGACAUGCAUCGAACACCUGCAUUGAUACUAAAAAAGUAUUCAGAGUCUCUGACUCUCUCCCGACACCCAUCCAGGGUCCAACAAUGCCGGAUGUUUGAAAAGAACUUUACACUAGUCAUGGUAGGACCUGUUGACAUAAGAUAGAUAUGCUGCAAUUAGGCUUUUUCUGGCAUUUCAUAACUUUGUUAUACGAGACACACUUCAGAAAUGAUUGCAUUCAUGAUUGUGUUUGUGAGAAAUAAAGUGCUUUCUGUGUGUGACACAGCUAGUAAAGUAACAACGUGAUGUCUUGCUUUUUAAUUUGA